CAGACUAGGCUGCAUCCGCGCUACACCGCCGACUCAGGGCACCUGCCCGCCUCUGACCAAGGCGAGAAAGCGUCCGUCGGUGGAAUCGGGCUGACUUUGGUCCCAGGCCGCGGGCGGCACAGCGGAAGACUGCCUCCAAGGGACUGGCGCCCUGGGGCACCACGCGAGACCCGCGGCCCGGAGCCAGCCGAGCCCAGGGAGCUUGCGCCCCGGGCAGCUGCUGCUACUUCUGCUUUGGGGUCUGGUGCCGGAGCGCGCAGCAGAGAGUCCCUGGGGGCUGCCUGUGGUGGCUGACAACCCAGCUUCCUUUGCAAAGGAGGUGAUGGCAGAACUGGCCAACCUGAAGUUGGACAACAAGCCCUGGCCUGGAGGUAAACACUCCCUCCACUACCACUACCUAUUCCUGUCAGAGCCAAGCCCAGGCCUCCCCCAGUUUCUGGCUGUGGGCUACGUGGAUGACCAGCCUUUUAUCCAAUAUGACAGUCAAAUGGGCAAGGCCAAGCCCCAGGCCCCGUGGAUGGCACCUGUGGACACUCAGUACUGGGAGACAGAGACCCAGAAGCAGAAAGCCUGGACCAAGGUGCAACAGGUGGAAAUGUGGAGCGUGAUGGGCUUACACAACCAGAGCAACGGCUUGCACAGCUCUCAGCGCAUGUUUGGCUGCGACAUCCAGGAGGACGGCAGCUCCAGCAGCUUCUGGCAGUUUGGCUAUGAUGGGCAGGACCACCUGACACUGGACCUAGAAACCCUGAGCUGGAUCUCAGCCCAGCCCGUGGCCCUGCAGACCAAGCGCUGGUGGGAGAUGGAACCCUGCUAUGCCGCAUAUGACAAGGCCUACCUGGAAAGCCUCUGCCUCGUCUCCCUGCGCAGGUACCUGGAGCUGGGAAGCCAGAGCCUUCUGAGAAGAGAGCCCCCCACGGUGCGGGUGACAAGGCAUCCCACCCAAGACAGGCGCUCCCUGCUGAGGUGCUGGGCCCUGGGCUUCUACCCUCGGGGCAUCUCGCUGAGCUGGUGGCUGGGUGAGGAGGAGCCGGCCCCGGAGACAGAGAAUGUGGAGACGCGCCCCAGCGGGGAUGGCACCUACCAGACUUGGUCAGCUGUGUGGGUGCCAGAGGGGGAAGAGGCCUCAUACAGCUGCCGCGUACAGCACUCUGGCCUGAACCACACGCUCAGUGUGGCCUGGGAACCGCCCUCUGCUCCUGGACUCACUGCCAUCACUAUCAUCACCAGCCUGGCCACUGUCCUGCUGGUGGUUGGAACUGUGAUCUUUACCAAGCGGCGCCUUCAAGCCAGGAAUCAAGAAUCUUAUGAGCAGGCUCCCAGUGACUGUGGAAUGGCAGACCCAGAGAGAGGAAGCACCAGGAAUGCCCAAGCGUUACAGAGAUGCCUGGAACCCCAGGUGGAGGCAGGGCAGUGGGACAGGUACAUGCCUGGGCCUCACGCCCCCCUACAGCCCUGGAGGGGAGCACUGCUUGGAUUUGCCUGGUUCACCACCCACCUUCCUCUCUGAGGUGGAGGACCCAUAAUUCCCAAAACCCAGCAAGAGGAGAGGAUACUCCGCUCUGUAGCAGACAGAGGCCAAGUCAGUGGCCAGCAGUUGCCAUACUGAAGCAGAAAGUUUCCCAAGUCUACUUAGAUUUUGCAUCUUUUUUAGGCCUGCUGCUGGGGGCAUCAGCUGCUUUGAUUUUGCUGCUUGCUGGUGUGGAACAGUUGCUGUGUGCAUGGCAUUCCCUGUGCACAGGGGUAGCCAUGGCUACCUUGACCCCCUUUCCGAUAAUGCUUAUGCAAUGAUAAAUAAAAUGACAAGUUUCCUUGUGUAAACUGUAUAAAACCUUACUACCCUUGUAAUUCAGGGCUCAGCCUUUUGGGACCAAUCCCACUGAGUCUGUCGGCGUGACAAGUAAUCUCUCUCUCCCCCAACCUCUUGAGUGCCAUCUGUCUCUCUGGGAAAUUGCCCUAACAAUCCAGCCAUGGAGAGGGAAUCCUGCCCCAAUGCUAGCCCUCAUCAGCCCCAAUGAGUGCUCUAUACCACUAAGGUUGCUUGCUUCUUCUGGAAGUCCUUUCAAAAUGUAACGGUUUCCUGUCUGGGGUAAGGAACAGGCAGUAAUGAUGCCUCAGAUCUGUUUCACACCUGACAGUUUGUCAUUGCUUUUAUGUUAAAGUAUCAAUCCUACUUGAGCUUUCAAGCACUCGAGUUUGCAAUGAUAUUCUCACUCCAUUUCUCCAACAUGGAAAUGGAGGCUCCGUGCAGUUAAAGAAGAGCCGUGGGGUGGGGGGUGGGAAAUGCACGGGAUUAUGG